AUGUACAACUCGGGUCCACGCACACUGCACCUCUACUACCGCGAUGGCCACGACCGCGUCGAAGUCACAGACGCCGACAAGAGCACCGUCCUGUACGUGUGCUACCGCACCAGCUCCAAGCCGCACCAGACCAUCUGCCGGGCGGCGACGCGCGACAAGCCCGAAACCAUGGUCGGGCAGGUCUCCUUCCAUCACUUCAAGUCGGACAUUGACGUGCACAUGCCGCUGAAUCCUGGCGCAGCGAUGCGCAAGACGGGCUGGACGAGCUCUGCCUGCGAGGUCACGUCGCCGGCGCAGGACGGGGCCGUGUGGACGUGGAAGCGCGACGGCGCCAUGACGAGCAACCUCAAGCUCGUAGACGCCCGGGGCACGGUGCUUGCCACGUUUGACAAUGCAUCAUGGUCGCUGAAGAAGCAGGGCACAAUCACAGUGCACGAGUGGAUGCCGCCGGCGGCGCUGCUGGACGUGAUGAUUGUGACGGGCAUGGGUAGGGUCGAGUACCAGCGGAGGAGCCAAAAGGCGCACAAUGGAGCGUUGGCUACUUCGGCAGGCAACCGAGGAUGA